AUGGAUCACCACGCGGGAGCAGCAGUAGCAGCAGGAAAAAAAGGGGGGACGAACGACGAGCGAAAAGCGAAGGAAAGUCGUCUCGGGCGCUGCACGGUGGUCCGUGAAAUCGUGCGAGGAGAAGAAAAGAAAGCUCGAUCGGUUGGGCCAUUCGUUUCCACCGCGGCCGAGGAGGAGAAAGUUCGUUCACCACACGCUAGCAGCCAGUUUCCCGCGAGACACCACACCGUAAGGAUGAGCACCGUCACCGGACAGGGCCAGUGGCCGGAGGAUGUGGGCAUCUUGGGGCUGGAGAUCGUCUUCCCGUCACAGUUCGUCGAUCAGACGGAGCUGGAAGCGUUCGAUGGUGCGUCAGCCGGCAAGUACACGGUCGGGUUGGGUCAGCACCGGAUGGGGUUCUGCUCCGACCGGGAGGACAUCAACUCACUGUGCCUGACCGUGGCCCGUAACCUGCUCGAUCGUCUUAAGGUGCCUUUGACGAAGAUCGGCCGGCUCGAGGUCGGUACCGAGACGAUCGUGGACAAAUCGAAGAGUGUAAAGUCCGUGCUGAUGCAGCUAUUCGAACCGGAAGGUGUAACCGAUCUCGAGGGCAUCGAUACGACCAACGCGUGCUACGGUGGAACGGCCGCUCUGCUGAACGCGAUCAACUGGGUCGAGUCUUCCAGCUGGGAUGGGCGAUACGCGCUGGUUGUGUGCGGGGACAUCGCCGUGUACGCGCAAGGAUCUGCUCGCCCGACCGGUGGAGCUGGCGCUGUGGCCAUGCUGGUGGGACCAAACGCACCACUCCGAUUCGAACGUGGCUUGCGUGCGAGCUACAUGAAGCAUGCGUACGAUUUCUACAAACCCGACCUUGGCUCGGAAUACCCCGUCGUGGACGGGAAGCUCUCGAUCCAGUGCUACCUAAGUGCCCUUGAUUCGUGCUACCGGCUGUACCGGCAGAAGUUCGCCCAACGCCACCCGGACAUGGUGGCCCCCGUCACACUCGACACCUUCGAUGCGUUCAUCUUCCACAGCCCGUACUGUAAGCUGGUGCAGAAAUCGCUUGCUCGGCUCGGUUUGAACGAUUUCGUGGCCACACCCGCGGAGCGACGUGCCACACUCUUCCCGGGUUUCGAGCAGUUCGCGAACGUGCGCCUCGAGGAUACGUACUUCGAUCGCGACGUGGAGAAAGCGUUCAUGACGCAGUACGCGCCGGUGUUUGCGGCCAAAACGAAGCGCUCGCUGCACCUGGCCAGCCAGGUCGGUAACAUGUACACACCGUCCGUGUACAGCUGCCUCGUAUCGCUGCUGAUCGGGUCGGACGUGAGCGAGCUGCUCGGAAAGCGGAUCGGUGUGUUCUCGUACGGGUCCGGGCUGGCGUCCUCGAUGUACUCGAUCAGUCUCACCACGGAUCGGGAGCGGUUGACCGAAUUUAAGCGCCACCUUAACUAUGUUCAACCGUUGCUCGAUCGCCGGAACAAGGUGGAUCCGACGGAGUUCACCAAGCUGAUGGAGGUGCGAGAGAAGAACAAUCACGCAGCACCGUACGAACCGAGCGGUUCCGUGGACGUGCUGUUUCCGGGCACCUACUACCUAAAGUCGGUCGAUUCGAUGCACCGGCGGACGUACGAGCGCGUCCCACCGGAACAGCCUGCUUCCUGAGCGACCAUGCACCAUGACCACGGCCGGGCUGGCAGCCGAAGGCAGACCAGACCAAGCGUACCAACCAUUCGCCGCUCGUGGCGAACACUGUCCUCGAAACUACUUCACAUUGGUUUCUUUACUCUUUUUUAUUUGUUUUUACUUAAGCUUUUCUGCGAUCGAGAUCGCCGAGCGACGAUCGAUCGACGGAGUUUGUUAAACAAUGCAGGAGCUCAGUUUGGUAGGGUUUAUAGCUGCCGGAUUUUUAGUGGUUUAGUUAGAUAGCUAGAACAAAACGAAAAGGAAAAAGAAACAAUAAUCAGACGAUCGUUUAUCUGUUUGUCCCCUGGCUUGCUGCCGGAGCGGUAGGUGUUACUGUAAUACGUUUAUUGAUUUAUUUCUUUUUUAUGCUAUGAAAGUAUCAAGACAAAAUGUAUGGUGAAUUGUGUAAAAUCUCGA